AUGGAUCCGUCGGAGUAUUACGCCGGCGGUAAUCCCUCCGAUCAACAGAACCAGAAACGGCCGGUUCAGAUCUGUGGUCCUCGUCCUUCACCGCUCAGCGUCCACAAAGACUCUCACAAGAUUAAGAAACCACCGAAGCACCCUGCGCCGCCGCAACAGCAUCGCGACCAAGCACCGCUUUACGCUGCUCGAGAGCCGGUGGUCAUCUACGCCGUCUCGCCGAAAGUCGUGCACACCACAGCCUCCGAUUUCAUGAACGUCGUCCAGCGUCUCACCGGGAUCUCCUCUGGAGUCUUCCUCGAAUCAAGCGGGGGAGAUGUCUCGCCGGCGGCGAGGCUAGCGGCGACGGAGAAUGCUAGCCCGAGAGGAGGAAAGGAACCUCAGACGGUGGAAGUCGCGACGGCGAUGGAAGAAGCAGCUGAGUUCAGCGGUUACGCGCCGGGAAUACUCUCGCCAUCUCCGGCGAUGCUGCCGACAGCUUCAGCCGGGAUAUUCUCGCCGAUGAUUCACCAAGGUGGGAUGUUCUCGCCGGGAUUGUUUUCGCCGGCGGGAUUAAUGAGCACGUUUCCAAUGUAUAGUCCUGGUUUUGCUGGUUUGGUCUCACCAACAUUUGCUGAUGUCUUGAGUCAUCUUUGGGAUACUUAG